AUGGUAUUCCCUCUCGUACAACUUGCCUACUUAGGCGUAAAACGAAGCAGUAAAUUUCUUGCGAACCGCUUAAAACGUCGAGCGAAGAAAAGUCUGUUCUUCAGAAACUAUAUAUGUAUGCCAACCGCCCAACUUUACCAUUCUUUCGAAGUGAAGGUCAGGUUAAAAUUGUUGGGACUGGGAAAGGCAAAUCAUAUUGAAAAGUUAACUGAGACUAUGGCUGUGGAAUUAGGAGCAGAGCUGUUAGGUGAAUUUAUAAUAUACUCUGUAGCUGCUAUGAUAAUCUAUAUAGAAUAUUCCAGAUCAGGAUCCAGAGAAGAAGCGAAAGAGCAGGCCAUGAUUCAGAAAGACUUAAUAUUAGAACGACGUUUACAAGAGCAAGGACUUUUGAUUGAAAAACUCCACGCGGAAGUGAGAGAAAUGCAGCGAUUUAUUGGUGACUUAGACACAAGAAACAAAAGCUUGUCUUCUAGGCUUUUCGGAAAGUCAUAG